ACGGAUUGCCUGCCCCAUUCGCCCUUGCCCGGGCCAACCGUGUAGGAGGAGCGGUCAACCAGUUGAAUAGAGUGGUUAAGAGGCCUAGGAGACUGUGCAUGUGAGGCCUGGACUGAGGACACAUCGUCGCUGGUGUUAACAGAAGACGAUCGACCCCCAAAGGGCCAGACAAACACAAAGACCAACACCUCGUUUGCUUCCAGGAUACAGCAGCAGCGAUGGCGAAGGUUGGAACUCUGGAGGUGACCCUCACCUCCGCCUCGUUCGUGAAGGACGUGGAGUUUGUGGGCGUGCUGGGAGUUGGCGUCGGCAAGCAGGACCCUUACGCGGUGCUGGUGCUGGCGGACCAAACCCACCGUUCUAAGACCAUUACGGAUGGCGGCAAGGAGCCAACUUGGAAUGAGGUGUUCACCUUCCGCAACGUGACGCCCGACCAGACGCUGAAGCUGGAGUUCUAUGAUGAGAACGUGGUCUUCCGCGACGUCGCGCUGGGCAGCGGCAAGGUGUCGCUUGGCAACGUGCUGGGCGGUCCCCAGCCGGUGUCGCUGGACAUACCCCUGAUCAGCCGCAAGGGCAAGGCCCGCGGUACCGUGAAGAUGGCGUUCCGCUUUACAGAGGGCAAGACGGCCACUGCCCAGACCACCAACCCGUACGCCCCGGUCUCCAAGACCGUCAAGCCCGGCAAUUGGAUCCUGCCCACGUACGCGGACACGGACUGCUGGAAGGACUACGAGCCGGGCAGCAUCCUGGGUAAGGGUACCUUCGGCACCACUUACUCCGCCACCAACAAGAAGACGGGCGAGAAGGUUGCCGUUAAGGUGAUCAGCAAGAAGAAGCUGGUCAGCGCGGAGGAGAUUGGCGACGUGCAGCGCGAGGUGCAGAUCAUGCACCAUCUGGCGGGCCAUCCCAACGUAGUGUGCCUCAAGGGCGUGUACGAGGACAAGAGCAACGUGUGCCUGGCCAUGGAGGUGUGCAGCGGCGGUGAGCUGUUCGAUGCGAUUGUGAAGAAGGGCCACUACACGGAGAAGGACGCGGCCUCGCUCAUCCGUACCAUCGUGGGCGUGGUGGCGCACUGCCACAACAUGGGCGUCAUUCACCGCGACCUGAAGCCGGAGAACUUCCUGCUGUCGGACCGCUCCGCCGCGGCGGCGCUGAAGGCGACGGACUUCGGUCUGUCGUCCUUCUUCCAGGAGGGCCAGGUAUUUACGGACAUUGUGGGCAGCGCAUACUACGUGGCGCCCGAGGUGCUGAAGCGCGCCUACAGCAAGGAGGCCGACAUCUGGUCCUGCGGUGUCAUCCUGUACAUCCUGCUGUGCGGCUACCCGCCGUUCCACGGCGAGAACGAGAAGAAGAUCUUCGAGGCGGUGGUCACCAAGCCCGUGGACUUCACCAGCGACCCCUGGCCCGCCAUCUCGGAGGCCGCCAAGGAUUGCGUGCGUCGCAUGCUUGUCCGCGACCCCAAGCGCCGCGCUACGGCCACCCAGAUCCUGCAGCACGAGUGGAUGCGCGAGAACGGCUGCGCCGCCGACCAGCCCAUCCAGCUGGAGGUGCUCAGCCGCAUGAAGCAGUUCAGCGCCAUGAACCGGCUCAAGAAGGAGGCGCUCAAGCUGAUUGCCAAGAGCCUGCCCCUGGACGAGAUCAACGGCAUGCGCGAGCUGUUCCUCGAAAUCGACAAGGACAAGAGCGGCACCAUCUCCGUGGAGGAGUUCAGCGAGGCCCUCAAAAAGAAGGGCAUGCAGGGCCUCACGGACGCGGACGUUAGCCGCAUGAUCGCGGAGGCGGACGUGAACGGCGACGGCACAAUCGACUACGAGGAGUUCCUGGCCGCCACCAUCAACCGGUCAAAGCUGGAGCGCGAGGAGCUGCUCAAGCAGGCGUUCUCCAAGUUCGACGAGAACGGCGACGGCGUGAUCACCCGGCAAGAGCUGUUCAACGCGCUGUCGGACCCGGCGCUGGGCGUGGACCCCAAGGAGAUCGAUGAGAUCAUUGACCAGGUGGACCAGGACGGCAACGGCACGAUAGAGUACGGCGAGUUCGUGGCAAUGAUGCGCGGGUUGUAACCGUAACCCGUGCGGCGUCGGCGUGAAGCGUGGCGGGCUCGCGACAAACUGCGAUUGGAACAGUCGACGCGGAGGAGCACUAGCAUCCUGGCGGCGGCGGACGAGCGUGCAGUGCUGGAGGGGCUAUCAGAAGCUGCAGCAGGCGCGGGAUGGUGCUCAGCGCAAGUUAAAGCGAGUGUUGACUGAUGCUGAAGAAAGCGACACGAGGCGAUGGACAGAUGUAUGUGCAGAACUUGCGCAUUGGCACGUGGGUGUGUGGCGUGCAUGGCGCAGCGGCAAAAUGCGCCUACAUGACUGGGCAUGCUUCGUGAGGGCGGUCAGCUUAUGUACUGACGGUUUCUGAAAGUAUCCAGUAGUGGGUUUGGGGUUGGGCGGCUGUGUUUUGACUGUAUUGUGGUGGUGGUCGCGACCAACUGACUUCGAAGCAAUUGUUUAGCGGCGUAGUACGACGGUUAUGUUGAAGAGUCACGGGGACCACUGGGCUUGGAAACCCCGCAGGUGGGGCGCACACAAAGCAUGGUUCGAAUCGAGGACGUCUUGCGGUCAACAUGUACACAUGCUUUGCAGCGCCAACCGACAAGUGGCCUGAGCAACUGCCUAGUGGAAGCAUGUAAGUGUAACUGGCACUCAAC